GAGCCUUGACUGCAGAAACUUCCUCCUCCUCCCCACGUUCAGAGCCCGCCCCACAUUCAAAGCUAUUUUAACGGCCGUCCUCCCUCCAUCAAACUCCACAGUCCUGCAACAGUCCACAGCUGUGAAACACUCGUCUCCUCGUCUUCUCCUCUGACAAGCAGAAAGUCAGCCGCCAUGUACAACAGGAGCAUCGCCAGCGGUCCUGGGCUCACCAUCACCAGGCAGAGCCGCAGCUACACUUCAAGCGCUGCUCCCCACAAAGCUCACAGCGUGUCCGGUCUCAGCUUCAUGGGAGGCUCCCGCAUCUCAUCUGCCACCGGGCGUACCGUCUCCUCUUCCUUUGGAAUGGGUGGAGGGUUUGACCUGUCCAACGCCAUGGACCAGAGCUCCGUGCACCUGAACGAAAAGGCCACCAUGCAGAACCUGAACGACCGUCUGGCUUCCUACCUGGACAAGGUUCGCAGUCUGGAGGCGGCCAAUGCCAAGCUGGAGAAGCAGAUCAAAGAGUACUAUGAGCAGAAGGGCCCGGCAGCACAGAGGGACUACAGCAACUACUGGGCCAUCAUCAAUGACCUGAAAGACAAGAUCAACGGUGCCACCGUCCAAAAUGCCAACAUCCUGCUGCAGAUCGACAACUCCAAACUGGCUGCUGAUGACUUCAAAACCAAGUUUGAGCACGAGCUCAUGAUGCGACAGUCAGUUGAGGCUGACAUCGCUAACCUCCGCCGCCUGCUGGACCAGACCACCUUGACAAAGGCUGACCUGGAAAUGCAGAUCGAAGGUCUGCAGGAUGAGCUGGCCUACCUGAAGAAGAACCACGAGGAGGAACUGGCAGCCAUGCGCUCUCAGCUCACGGGCACAGUCAACGUGGAGGUGGACGCUGCACCUCAGCAGGACCUGAACAAAGUCAUGGAGGAGAUCCGUGCACAGUAUGAGGCCAUCACAGACAAACACCGCCGCGACCAAGAAGCCUGGUUCACUGAGAAGUCAUCAGCUCUCAGCAAAGAGGUGGCCGUUAGCACAGAAGUAAUCCAGACAUCCAAGACAGAGAUCAAUGACCUGAGGCGCACACUCCAGGGCCUGGAGAUCGAGCUGCAGUCCCAGCUCAGCAUGAAAGGUGCUCUUGAAAACACGUUGGCAGAGACAGAGGGCCGGUUCAGCGCCAUGCUUAGCGGCUACCAGAACACAAUCAACAUGCUUGAAUGCGAACUAGGCCAAGUGCGCGGCAGCAUUGAGCACCAGGGCCAGGAGUACAAGAUGCUGCUGGACAUCAAGACCAGGCUGGAGCAGGAGAUCGCAACCUACAGGAGACUGCUGGAGACUGAGGAGGCCAGAUAGACAAAGAUAAAUGACUGCAGGAGGCUUCAAUGACACAUUCACAACCACCACUGUGCCCACGUCCAGCCAAGAAGUCCAACAUGCAGGCCAGAAACCAGAGGAGACCAAAAGGCUCGUUUUCCCAACAUCUGCUGUCAUGAGAAGAAGAGCUGAUGUGCGGCGCUGUGUGUGUGUUCAUGUUUGUGUGAUCUGCCAAAGAAAAUAAACCUGCUGGUGAAGAUAA